UGACAUUUAACCUGCUGAUACAAUUCUGUUUGUGUGAGUCUCUCGACGAUCACAUAGGGUUAUUGUUCCUAACUGAGUGUUCCAACCUCUCGUUUCAUUCCCAAAGGGUUAACAUGGAUGGUCACGGUAUUCACGAAGGGAGCUUUACUUGGUGGAGUAGACUGAUUGUUGGUGAGUUGCAUCGGGAAAUUGCGUGGGCACAUUUUGGGGUCAUUGAAUCUUCCGCUGACCUUGGUAAUUCUAUCAAUUUCCUCUUUAAUUCUCCAUAUUUGAUCCUGUUGAGCUUAAUAUUGGAGGGGCAGUAUUUUCUCAAUGGUGGCUUGGAUUGUGGCCAUUUUGGGGCACAACUUCCUUGGACAAUUUGAGAACUCAUUAAAGAGUCAAUUUUAUGACUUCGUAUAUAGUUCCCAGAUUGUGUAAUUGGGGUUAUAUUUCUGUUUUCAAAUUCUUAUUAUGAGUAUUAUUGUGGUUGUUUUUGUGUUCCCAUUGCGUUGUUGAUAGCUGGAACCAUUCAAAGGUCCUUCAGAAGGGAAAAACACUGAAUUAGAGGUUCAACUUUGGUCUCGAGGUAGGUAAUGAUUUCCCUUUCCUUAGACUUGUCUCAUUUAGAUUGAUUAUAUAUUGAGUAGUAUAGUAUGUUAGAUUGGAAUUUAGGAUUAGCUUGGGUUUACUUGUUUCUUAGUCGAUUUAUGACCAUUUCUGGGUUACUUAGUGUAGUUUUAGCCGGAAUGUCUUAGUUUAGGUUGAUCCUUGGUGAUGGUAUCAUUUAGUAUCCUUAGAAAUGGCUUCUAAGGGGCGUGAAAUUAUUUUAACACGUGUUUUUCUUGGUUUGAAUUUUUUAGUUGCUAAUGUGGUAUUUCUUACCUUAUAAAUUGUGCUAAUAUCAAUUGUUGAACCCAAGGUUGUGAACUUGGACUAGCUAGAGUUCUGUGUUAGUACAUUUGUGUCGUGAUGGGAUUUAGCUAAAUGUGUCUUUUGUGUUGUGGUUUUGAUAAUGAGGUUUGAGGUUUGUGAUGAUAUUUGAGCAUGGUAGUUGCAUUUGGUCGCUUAUCUUCGAUAUAGCCUUGUGAAUGGUCAAAAUGAGUUAUACGAAUUCGGAAGCUCUUGAGACUUUAUGAUUUAAAGGGAAGGAAAAUAUUUAUUUUCAUGAUUGUAUGUACUUUUUGGCUACUUUCAUACUAAUAAGUUUGAGGUAUCAUUCUGGGUGGCCCAUUGACUUAAUUCCUGGUGCCAUUGCCUUAAUUCUGGGUGACAUUCUAGUAUAUAUAACUUUCCCAUAUAGCAAAUAUAAAAAUUACAUUUGUAUGUUAUAGUUACACUUUGUAUAAUUGCGUUCCGUAGCAAACAAAAAUAUGUAUUUUUCGCUAUAUAUGUAUUUUUCAUAUUUGUUUUCGAUAUCACAAAGAAAAUAUGUCCCAAGUCACAUAAUGUGUUAUUGGGUAAGGCAUAGCUGAGGUAUGCAUUGUAGUAGAUGAACUAGUGGAAGGAACCAAUUUUCAGAUGGUAUUAGCAACAUAAUCCUAUUGUGAGCAGGUUGUUGUUUUAUUCGAUGUCCACGACCCAAUUGAGGUUCAUUAUUUUGUUCUUCGCUGCCCUCUACCUCUUGGAUACUAGACAUGUCUUCUUUCGUCAUUUCUUGAGCAUCUUGCACCUCAUUAACUUGUGAAUCAGGCAUAUUAAUCACCGGUUGAUGUUAGCCAUGCUCAACUCCAAUAUCUCUCACAAAACCAUCAUCAACAAAUCCAUUUUCGACUACUUUUUCAAUAUUCUCAUAAGAACAGGGAACUUGUUGGAUAAACAAGAAUUCAUUCUCAAAAAAAACAAUAUCUCUAGAAACAAAGUACUCAUUUGUUAGCUCUAUUUUUGCCAUUGCCAGUGCUUUUAUAUGGAGAGAAAAGAAUAAAAUAAGACCUCAAAGCUCUAGAUGUGAUGUUGAUCACAUCCGCAGGAAAAUUGUGCUACAUCUAUCCAUCAAAGGUGAAUGGCUAGUCAUGUGAAAGCAGGCACUACAUGAUCUCAAUUGUUUUCCUUAUCUAUAGGCCAAUGUUAUGAAAGGCGCUCACCUCGUCGCCAAAGGCGAGAGGCGAGGCGAGGCGAGGGUGGCUCACCAUUCUCUGGCGAGGCGAGGCGAGGAGAAAAAGGCGAGGCCCUGGCGAUAAUGGCGCUGAAAUGGCGAGAGAAAGGCGCCGCCUUUUUGAUUAAAAAAAUUUUGACUUAAUAAUAUUAGUCAAAAUUAGGGUUUUUUUUUUACUUUCGAAAAUUUCUGAAACUCGCGACUCUCGAUCGAUCGAUCGAUCGAUUGACUCUUCUCUUCUCCCUCGCCGGCCCUCGCUGCUCCCUCGCCGGCCCUCGCUGCUCCCUCGCUGUCGCGUCUCUGCUUCCUCGCUGUCGCGUCUCUGCUUCCUCGCUCUCCCUCGCUGUCGCGUCUCUUCUCCCUCACCGGCGACCUCGCGACUCUCUGUUUUCAGGUAAUGUCGCGUCUCUGUUCUUCUUCUUCUUCUGUUCUUAUUUUUUCUGUUCUUUCUUCUUCAUUUUUUUUUAUUUUGGUAAGCUGCGUAAGCAGCAGUGAGGACUCAGGCAGUGAGGACUCAGUAAAUGUAACAAGUGUUAAUUUUUUUUAAAAAAUUCUUUUCCUAAGACCUAAUUAUUUAUUCCAAUAUUCCUAAACAGCGAAUUAAUUGAAUUUGAUAAUCAAUGGUGGAUGCUAGCAAAAAGAGGGACAUUGGAUGGAAUUACGGCACUCAAGGAGCGACGAAAGAUUCGGUCACUUGUAACUUUUGUGGGAGUACUUUCAAUGGUGGAAUAACGCGACAUAAACAACAUUUAGUGGGUGGUUUCAAAAAUGUUAAACAAUGUGCCGCUUGUCCGUCGGAAAUUAGAGAAGAAAUAAGGGCUUAUAUGCAAAGCAAAAUAGCUAAUAAUCCCAAAUUUCGAAUGAGGCAACCGGAAGAAUUUGUUGAUAUUGAUGAUCUUGAUGAAAUGGAUGAUUAUGCGGAAAUGAGGCCUCCCUCCAAAACUCAAAGGAUAUCUUCUAGUGGAGGUUCAUCCACUGCACGGAGUGUGACGAAAGGACCUUUGAACCUCUAUUUUUCACAAAAAUCAACACAAAAAGGAGGCUUAGAAAAAGGAGGAGGAAUCGAAGAAACAAAGAAAAUUCUAAGAGAGCGUGCGGUAAGUGCUUUUGCAAUUUGGAUGCAUGAUGCCGGGCUCCCUUUUAAUUGCGUCAAUCACAAAUCAUUCGAUAAAUUUAUUGAGGCGGUUGGACAACAUGGCCCCGAAAUGAAGCCUCCUACAUUCCAUGAAGUUAGAGUCACUCACCUUAAAAAAGAGGUGGAUAAAGUAGAAAAAAUUGUUGAGGAGCAUAAAGUGCAAUGGACAAAGUUUGGUUGUUCCAUUAUGAUGGACAAAUGGACGGCACGAAAUGGCAAAAUGAUCAUCAAUAUUUUGGUGAAUUCUCCAAUCGGUAGUGUAUUUCUUGGUUCGGUUGAUGCUAGCAAUGAAUCUACCGAUUCCACCAAAAUGUACAAGUUAUUUGAAAGCACUAUCGAAAGAAUUGGACCAGAAAAUGUGGUACAAAUUGUCACCGAUAAUGCUAGUGAGAAUGUCAAAGCGGGAAGUAUGAUGAUGGGUGCGUAUCCACACAUUUAUUGGACUCCAUGUGCCGCUCAUUGCAUCAACUUGAUAUUUGGUGACAUAUUCAAGGUUAAGCCAUAUGCUUCCGUUUUUAAGAAGGCCAUCAGAAUCCAUUCUUACAUUAGUCAAAGGUCAUUGUUGUUAAACUUGAUGAGAAAAUUCACCAAAGAAAGAAAUUUGGUGAAACCGGCCAAGACAAGAUUUGCAACGGCAUUCUUAACUUUGAGAGCUAUGUACAUUCAAAGAAAAAACUUGAAAACUUUAGUCCUCUCAACCGAAUGGAAUUCAAGUAAAUUUGCAAAGGAAACUUCAGGGAAAGAAGUUGCCAAUCUUCUUAUUUCUAUCCACUUUUGGAAUGAUGUUGUUCGGGCACUUACAGUUUGUAGCCCUUUGACAAAAGUGCUUCGUUUGGUGGAUGGGGAGAAAAAACCACCAAUGGGUUAUAUUUAUGAGGCAAUGGAUAGAGCCAAAGAAGCUAUUGCACAUGGUUUUCGUGGAAUUCAGAAGCAUUAUGAGAAAGUGUUUCAAAUUAUUGAUGCAAGGUGGUCAGAACAACUCCAUCGGCCUUUGCAUGCUGCAGGCCAUGUUUUGAACCCAGGAUUAUAUUAUAAAGCUGAAGAAGAGGGAACUUUAUUAUAGAGUUUGUGGACCGAGUAUUAUGCAUGUGUUGAGAAGUUGGUCCGUGAUACAACAAUACAAGAUGCACUAAUCGCUGAGCUUCCUAAGUACAAAAUGGCGGAUGGACUAUUUGGUUGUGGUCCGGCUAAAAGAGCUAGAGACACAAGGUCACCGGUUGAAUGGUGGUCACUAUUUGGUAGUGAAACACCAAACUUGCAAAA